GUUUUCAGAGGAUCAGCUAAGACAUCACUCGUGUUCCUUCCUAACAAAGCAACAAACGCUGUACAAAUAUAUAUAUAUAUAGAUAUUUGUAUUGGUGUCACCUUCAUAGCUGGUGCUUUGGGCUAUAGUGCAUGAAAUUAUUGCUUGCUGUGAAACCUGAGACUGCAGAGCUUCUUAUUGAGGUUAACAGCACAAGACUAGGCCUCUUCCUAUCUUCCCUCUAAUCUCCUUCCAGACUAUUAUAGCUAGAAUUAAAAUGAUAGCAGCCACAGGCCCUGAUCAAAGCAUGGAUCAGCAACGUCAACGCUCGUAUCUACCCACAUACCAGUACAUGAAGCCAUCUAUAGCUGCUUCUUCUGGAGCUCCUGUGAACCAGUAUUCAGCAACCACUGCCCGCCCUAUGUAUCAAUUGUACGACCAAUCAACACAGAAUGGUUACAUGCCUUUGGGCUCACAUACAGAUUACUCUCUUUAUUCCAGCUAUCCUUAUCAAUCGCUGUCGUCUAGGACUGCGGCACUCUGUCGUGCUGCUGGUAGAACAUGGCCCAUUAAUCAGGCACAAGAGACUAUCUCAGCAGGCUCCAAUACUGGACUCAUGGCUGGUGGCAAUGCUACUGCUAUGGCCAUGCAAGGUAGCAGCAACCGCUUCCAAAAGCCAGCCUACUCAUACAUAGCACUCAUAGCCAUGUCCAUUGAAUGUGCCCCACACAAGCGUGCCACUUUGAGCGAGAUCUGCCAGUUCAUUCGAGACCGUUUCCCCUACUACCAGCAGAAUUGUAAGCAAGGCUGGGAGAACUCCAUCAGACACAAUCUUUCCCUCAACGAGUGCUUCGUGAAACAGCCAAGAGAGCAAGGACGCCCCGGGAAAGGACACUACUGGACGCUGGACAAGAAUGCUCUAAAAAUGUUUGAGAAUGGCUCCUUUCGUCGACGCAAGAGGCGCUUCAAGAAGGGAGACGUUAUUGGAGUAGAAGACCAUCCAGAGAGCGCCGGGAUCUGUAGCACAAUGGAUGCACUGAGGACCCACGGAUACAUAGCUGGCCUUGCUGCUGGAGGCAGCCAAGGCCUUCCCCCAGGCCCUCACAGAGGGUUUGCUCAGCCUGCUGGAGGACUCUUGCAAGGAGAAAUAAUAUCACCAUGUACACCACACUAUCCUGCUAUACGUCAGCCGGAAUCGGCCCACGGGCAACACUUUGUAUUCCCAAUGGGAGGUUCCACUGUACCGGGGAUGUCGUCUGCCCUACCAUCUCAGCACAUGCCUCACGGGAUGCAAUCCCACAUGCUGUCAAUGGACCAGAGUGGGGUAACCUCCUCUCCUCUUGUUGGGAGCAUGCAUGGUUUCAAUUCCCAGGCUCCGUGGAUGUCCGGCCUCAUGUUUCCCGAAGUGACGUCCAAUUCCAGCAUUCCCGAUACAAAUCAGACCUCGUCAGCAACAACAGAAAAGCAGAUCAUUUACUCUCCUUAUGAUGGUCAUCAGGGCCCCCAAAACAACUCCCCCAUACAUGCAUCAGCAAUUACAAGCCCUCUGUCAACUUCCCAAAAGCAGCAGCAGCAGCAGUGGUCAGAGAACUCUCCUCUACCACACAUCCCGGACAUACCCAGCAUACCAUCCUGUGCCGAGAGCACUGGUGACAAUGGGCAGCUAAGCAUUGGGCCUUCUACUACUAACGGGUGUGGGAUUGGAGAGAUCACGUCUAUCAAUAUCACAUCGGAUGCUUCCAGUGAUGGUGGUGGCGAUAUCAUGCAAGACAAUGGCUCUGUGUGCAUGGCUAGACUCUCUGACAAAGUAGAAGAGCUCAUACCUGAACUGAGACCAGAAUAAUAAUAAUAAUAAUAAUAACAAUAAUUUAUUCUCUUCAUUUUCUCUUCCUUGCUUCAUACAUUAAUCAUAUCAUCAGCAUCACUCCUUCCUUUGUUUUAGACAUGAUUUUCGUUUAUUUUUUGUAUUU